AUUUAUAUAAAGUAUAUGUGUGUAUGUUUGGAGCUGAGACAGGCUCCGCAACGGCACAGAAUGAGGAAAGACAGAGAGUGGGAGAGACAGACAGAGAGAGACAGAGAGGGAGAGAGGGAGCGUGACAGCGGCACCCGGCAAAAUUUUAAGGCCAGCUCAAGGGUUAGUUUGUCCAACAAGCAACUUCUCUACAAUCCAGCUGCCAAGAGAAGCUUCAGGAUGCAAUUCCUCCAAGUAAGCACCAGGUGUCGCUGUGAGCUCGUUGUCCCGACCACCCCCAAUUCCAAGCACCAUUUUUUUUCUCCCCCUUGCUUCCCUUUCUCUCUCACUCUCCACCCCCCCCCACACACACACACCCGGGUUGGGCUUUGCCAACAUAUCAAGAUGCGUUUCGCCCGCUUCCAUCACUAACCUCCCGGAGGUCAUCAAGCCAAAUUUAUGAGUGGCCGCUCCAGUCACGUGACUCUAUUUAAGGCUCCCUUAUUUGGGAAGAGCGCAUAGGAUAAAGAAAGAGAUAUCUCCACCUAUAAAUUGUGCACUUUGGAGAACAAAAAACCCCUCAACUUCAAAGAGUCACAAAUCACCCUUAAUCAAAAAGGGUGCAGAAAUUUUUUUGGGCCCUCCCCGCCAUGAGCUCCUACGUAGCCAAUUCAUUCUAUAAGCAGAGCCCCAAUAUCCCUGCCUAUAACAUGCAAACUUGUGGGAACUAUGGAUCGGCCUCAGAGGUGCAGGCAUCCAGGUACUGCUACGGCGGAUUGGACUUAAGCAUCACUUUCCCACCGCCUGCGCCUUCCAACUCUCUCCACGGGGUAGACAUGGCUGCCAACCCCCGGGCUCACCCCGACCGCCCCGCCUGCAGCGCCGCGGCCGCUCCGGGACACGCUCUGGGCAGAGACGAAGCGGCUCCUCUGAACCCCGGGAUGUACAGUCAGAAGGCGGCUCGCCCGGCGCUGGAGGAGCGAGCUAAGAGCAGUGGGGAGAUCAAAGAGGAGCAGGCGCAGACAGGGCAACCCUCCGGACUGAGCCAGCCACCGGCCCCGCCACAGAUUUACCCGUGGAUGACCAAACUGCACAUGAGCCACGAGACGGAUGGCAAGCGGUCCCGAACCAGUUACACGCGCUACCAGACCCUGGAACUCGAGAAAGAAUUCCAUUUUAACCGCUACCUCACUCGCCGCAGGCGCAUAGAAAUCGCCAACAACUUAUGUCUCAACGAGAGACAGAUCAAGAUCUGGUUCCAGAACCGCAGGAUGAAGUGGAAGAAAGACUCCAAAAUGAAGAGCAAAGAGGCUCUUUAGAGGAAGAAGGGAGCCCUCAGAGAGCACCCCGGUCGGCUUUUGAUCCCUGCUUCCUCCCUUUUCGGUUUUUAUCGUUCUAGAUUUUGGGGUGGAGGCUGGAGCACUGGCUCCAGGCCUCCAAACAAAAGCGCAUUUCCUUGGCAUUCCGAAUCCCCAUCGACCCAGGGUUCCGCGGGGCCGCCUGCCCUGCCCAUUUCACCUCGGCUCAGCUGAACACCCCAGGCCCAGGACACACUCGUGUAGGGUUUUCCCGAGGGCUGCGGGCUACAGCGGGCCAGUGCUGGAUGAACCUCAACCUGGGCUGCCCCUCCAGCUCCUAGCCCGGGCGAGGCCAGCCUGAGUUAAGGUGAGACAGACCGGCCACAACCCCUUUCCCCGACCUCCACCUCACCCUCUUCUUUGUUCCUGCUGGCCAGGCCGCUGAAGGCUGCUUGUGCCAGGCAGAGGUAUGACCAGACUCGGGGCGCUUUCCUAUAGCAACUAACCUUUAUAGUUUCUAAACUCGGUCUUACUUAUUAAUGAUUUGCAUAUGAAGGGGGAGAUGAAUGAAAGUGGCCAGUCCCUGAGGUUGUCUGUUCUCUCCAAACCUUCUAACCCAUCCCAAAGCCCGGGAAUCUCCCCAGCCUGGCCUACUGCAUGCACUCUCAGGUUCACAGCCCCAGCCUGCUACCUAGCUCAUCUAUUGGGGUCUCUUGCCUUUGGACCCCAGCAAGUGGUUCUUGAGGCUUUUUGCUAUCCUGAAUUUCCUGCCAUGACUUUCUCACCCUCCUGCCCAUUGCAGUCAUCCAACUAUUUAUUGACUCCAGAUCCUUUCUGAAACUAUAUUUUGUCAUAUCAAAUAAAAAUGAAGAAAAACAAGAUUAAAGAUGCAAUGACUUCUGUCUGUUUAGGGCAUGCAUUAAGCAGACGUGUCUAAAUAGGUUCUGAAGUGUAUGGGGAGGCCCAGUCUUUAACCAAUCCCUUUAAAAAUACUUUAAACACUUCUAGGAGCAGCAAGAAUAGAGAAAUGUAACUGAGUUCCAAAAAGGGCCUCUGGGGUGAAGGGAAGGGUACUCAAAAGCUCCUGUACUGGUGUUUCCCCAGACUUUUCUAUGCCCUAUUCUUCCUUGAUUAAAAAGACUUCUAGACUGUCUGGCCUCUGUACGUAAUGCCAGGACAUAGGAACUAGUGACUCAGAUGACUAGAGACUCAGGCCUUUCUGGGUCUUCAGAUCUCUACUCCGUCUGGGUCAUCCCCGAGGGAAAGCUGAGUCCCCGGUGUAGGGCUAUGUUUGAUCCCAGAAGGAUCCCCAGCAAUAGUUGAUACUGCUUGGUAAAAGAGAUGGGGGGGGCUAGUCAAGGUUUGAGAUGUUCUUCAGUUUUCUAAGAUGUGGAAUGGGGUGACAGGGGAGGGGGGACUAGGAGGACAGGGAGUGCAGCCUGCCCUGUGAGCAUUUCUGCCUCAAAGAAAACAGACAAUCUGCUCCCUGUCUUCUAGGUUCUAAGCCAAUGAAGGAACUGGAUCAGAGCUACAUAAACCAGUGUGGGGGUCAGUUUGCUCUCUUUGAUCACAGUCUCUGAAAUUUUGAUGGAGGGGGAGGGGGCACAGCUAAUUCAACUGAGGCUGGCCUAGGCUUCUGCUCUGCUCAGCUCCACUCCAAGUUCCUGGGAUGAGCUGGAGGAGGAAGUACUUUAUAGCAGAAACAAAUGUGGGAUGGGUUUAUAAAACUCUACUGCGUUUCCUCUCCAGCCUCCCACAAUGGGGUGAUUUCCUGGAGGUGUGGGGAUCUGAAACUGGGCUAGGGGCUACUCUAUACUAGGACAGAAAGGGAACAGAGUGGCCCUAGGGAGAGGCAGGGAGAUUUCUUUUCUUAUAACCAUUAAUGCUGAUACUCCUUGGAUUAUUAAAGGGCUUACUUUACUGCUUCCCGCCACCUAAGCUAUUGUCUGUCCCCAUCCUAUGCUUAGCAUGUAGGAGGUCUCAGUGAGUAUCUAUCUGCUGAACUGGAUCCAUUACCUCCCUUCCCUUCCUCUGUGCUCAGGAAAUGUUAAAGCACUGCUAAAGUCUCCCCUCAACUUCCUCAACUUGCACCCUGGAGCCUGAGCAGCCCAGCCCCAACCUAUUCUCUUCCUCUCCUCUCUCUCUCUC